AUAAGAAUCACAUCCGACAUCAACAAUCUUAUUAGUCAUCAAAAAAAAAACAGAACAUGUAAACAGAAGCCUCGAAGUCAUACAAGUUUUAUACCAAAAACUGCGGAAAACUGUAUUCCAAAUUAGGGGACAAUUAUAGUAUCUUGCCGUUGAAAUUUACCGAAUUAUUUUAGUAUAUUUACAUGAAGUAGCUAAACUUUUGAAAAUCAAGAAACCAGUGAAAAUGUCAUCACGACAAUCUAUCGAUGAUCUGUACAAGCAGCAGGAUUUCUAUAUCGGAUUGUCCUUAGCUCUAUCCAGUAGCUUUUUCAUCGGAGCCAGUUUCAUAAUUAAAAAAAUUGGUUUAAUACGGUUAUCCAGAGUUGGCUCGGUUCGUGCCAGCGCCGGCGGUUUCGGUUAUCUAAAGGACUGGAUCUGGUGGGCCGGUUUGAUCUGUAUGGGCAUUGGGGAAGCAGCAAACUUUGCAGCAUACGCAUUCGCUCCAGCUUCACUAGUCACUCCACUUGGCGCACUUAGCGUGAUCGUAACAGCCGUAUUGGCUUCUAAGUUUCUCAAGGAACGACUGAAUCUACUAGGAAAACUUGGAUGUUUUUUGUGCAUCAUUGGUUCCACCAUUAUAGUAAUCCAUUCCCCCAAGGAAGGAGAAAUCGAUGAUUUGAAUCUACUUUUGGAUAAACUGCAAGAUCCGAUGUUUAUUACGUAUGUGAUAGCUAUCCUUUCACUUUCUUUGUUCAUUGGAUGUUGCUGUGGACCGCGUUAUGGACAUAAAAACGUUAUAGUUUAUAUUCUACUAUGUUCGGCAAUUGGCAGCCUUACGGUUAUGUCAUGCAAAGCACUCGGCUUGGCUUUGCGGGAUACUAUAUCAGGCAAAUCGAAUGAUUUCGGAAUGUGGCUGCCCUACUUCCUGAUUAUAGUCACGGUUGUGUUUGUCGGCAUCCAGGUGAACUAUUUGAACAAGGCAUUGGACAUUUUCAACACCAGCAUUGUUACACCCAUUUACUACGUGAUUUUUACCAUUUUGGUCAUUACGGCGUCGGCGAUUCUGUUUAAGGAAUGGGGUCGAAUGAAAGCGGAAGACAUUCUCGGUGAUAUAUGUGGGUUCCUCGUAGUCAUUAUCGCGGUGAUUUUACUGAAUGCUUUCCGCGAGAUGGACAUCAGUUUGAUCGAUGUGAAAGGUAUUAUGCGACCGAAACGGGAAUUGCUGCAGUCCCACAAGAACCAGUUUGACGAGUUUCUUGUCGAAGCAGAGACCAAUGGAUCACAGAAACAUUAUGGCACCGGGGACUACAGAAGUGUUUGAUACCGUGAAGUACCUCAGAUGUCUAAUGUGUAACGACUGAGUGUGCAUGUUCAUAUUGCUAAUGGCGGCUUUAAUAAGUUUAUUAUACUAUAGAAUAAAAUACGAUCGAUCAAAA